GGAAAUUUUUUGUCUGCCAUCCCAGCAGACAUCAUCGACUUCGCCGAGGUGCAGCAUCCAGCGCCUUCCUUCGCACCGCACCGCACCGCACCGCACCGCACCGUACUGCACCGUACUGCACCGCACCGGCAAGACUGCCAAUCCCCGCCCUCGACAGCCAGGCUUUCUCCCAUCGACACCCACUAGGAUCGACAAAUUGCAACCAACGUCUCUGGGCGGACAGAUCGAUCUUCCCUUUCGACUCGUACCUGGCCUCGCCACAGGUGUUGUCCACGCCGACAGCUUUCCUUGCCGCAUUACUGCCCCCUGCGCCUUCCACGCGUCCACGGCUGCAAACAGCGCCCCCGGCCCCCUCUCGAAGUAGAUAAACCUCACGAACCUACGUGGCUUGAGCCGCUUUCGCAGUCAACCUGGCUGCUCUCGAACCCAAGGCCUUCGGCAGAGCUUCUGAAGCUGUGGCCGAAAUGGCCCAGCCAAGUGCCGAGCCAGUCGAGGACUAUGACUAUGAAUCGCUGCCCCCAAAUUUCUCCCUGCUCCAGAACAUGGCAGCGGGUGCAUUCGCUGGCAUUGCCGAACAUACAGCCAUGUAUCCCAUCGAUGCCAUAAAGACCCGAAUGCAAGUUCUCAAUCCCAACACCACGACGGCAUACACAGGCGUUCUCCGCAGUACCUAUCAAAUAGCAUCAGGCGAGGGCUUCUUCAGCUUGUGGCGUGGCAUGUCCAGCGUCAUCGUUGGAGCUGGCCCAGCUCACGCUGUCUACUUUGCUACUUACGAGGCUGUCAAGCACGCCAUGGGAGGCAACCAGGCUGGAGUGCACCAUCCUUUGGCCGCUGCUACUAGCGGAGCUGCCGCAACCAUUGCCAGCGAUGCCUUCAUGAAUCCUUUCGAUGUCAUCAAGCAGCGCAUGCAGAUCCAGAAUUCAAGCAAGAUGUACCGGUCAAUGGUCGACUGCGCCAAGUAUGUCUACAGGAACGAGGGCAUCGGCGCCUUCUAUAUCUCAUAUCCGACCACGCUUUCCAUGACCGUACCUUUCACCGCACUCCAGUUCUUGGCCUAUGAAUCUAUCUCGACUGCUAUGAACCCGCAGAAAGACUACGACCCCUUGACUCACUGUCUGGCUGGAGCUGUCGCCGGAGGUUUCGCCGCCGGCCUCACGACGCCAAUGGACGUGAUUAAGACAAUACUACAGACCAAGGGGACCUCUUCGGACCCCCAGGUCCGAAAUAUCAACAGCUUUCUCGGCGGUUGCCAGCUUCUUUACCGGCGGGAGGGCUUCCGCGGCUUUUUUAAGGGGGUUCGUCCUCGAGUCGUCACAACUAUGCCCAGCACGGCCAUCUGCUGGUCAGCCUAUGAGUUCUCAAAGGCGUACUUCAUCAAGCGCAAUGACACAUUGUGAGUUACUGGAUGAGCGUUGCCGGCGGUCGAUGACAGGGCCAGGGUUGAGCCAGCAAUCAGUUUGCCAAUCCGAAUCUGCGCAGCGACCUAGAUUGAAUAGGCA